AUGGGUGAAGCCGAUCUCUCGGAAGACGUGACCUGCAAGCGACAGGAGGGUCUGCCUUCCGGUGGGCGCCCCCCCCAGACUAAGCUGUGCGACGAUCACCGCCCUGCCUCGGAAAACCACACUCUGGGUGUCUCGGAUCGAGUUAGCUCAGCGGCAGGGGACGCCCAAGGAGCGGCUGCACGUAAGGAGACUUGCACAAAUGCAGACACGGCCCCGGCUGUGGAUAGAGUGCAUGAAAACACCGUCGAGGAAAAACACGAUAAAGGGCAACGAUGCACCACAGGCCCUCCCCUUCCAGCUGGAGGAGACCCUCCAAAGUCCAACAUUUCCGACAUUUUACAGCAUCACCUUUCCAAAGAGGAAUUUUUAAAAGGCGAAGGCAUCGACUGCGAAACUCUGCCAGAGGUCUCCAGUGCUGACAGUUCUGGCGAGGCCGUUGUUAAAAGUGUCCUUCUGCGUUAUGUCCAGAGUUCUUGGCCAGAAGAACAGGCCCCAGAGCCCACUGGCCAACUCGACCCCAAGAGGGGUGACGAGAGGGGUGACCAGAGUGGCGCUAAGCCCAGCCGCUCUCCAACCGCCGCAGAAGCAACCGCCUCUGAGCUGGGAGAGCCAGCGGCCGCUGGAGACGGCAGCCGUGCGGAAAGUUCCGACUUUCUAUCUGAAGCCAAGAGUCCAAGCCACAGACAAGAAGGUGGCCGCGGGCAGACACCCCGGCAUCAGCAGACUGAAAAGGCAGGGUCAGGCCUUGGGUGCCAGGGGGACCGAGUCCAUGGCCAGUUCUCCGAUUUCUCCCGUGUCGCUCCCACCGGGAAAAUCCCCGAACACAACGUAACCAAUGAACCGCUUCCAACAGACACACAAGACCACUUUUCUCGCACGCUGAGAGACAGGUUAGCUCUCGUGCGAGACAUUUUAGAAAGCUUGUCUGGGUCGAACGGCGUUGAGGAAGAGGAGCAGGGAAGGAAAGCGCCUGACCCUCCCCGAGAGACGGAGAUGGAGCCCACGAGGCACGUCCACCAGGAGCGUGUCGCAGGAACGGAAUCCGAGACCAGUCUCUUUACGCUGACACCGGCCUCUCAGAAAAACCCUCCCGCAAGCUCUUCUUACAUCUUCCAAAAGAUAUCCCAGGGGAAAAAGAUGUGCCAGAAGCUGAGGGAGCAGACCGACCGGCUGAAGAGUAAAGUGCAAGAAUUCUCCAAAAGCAUGGCGCGGGACUCCCCCCGUCACGUGCGGGACCAGAGGCUGGCCCUGGAGGAACUGCAGGGACAUCUCGCAUUGCUGGAGCAGGAGCUCGUGGCCAACAAGGAGAAGCACCUGACUUGGAAGCAGCAAGCCCGCAAGCAUGACCCCCCAGCCGUCAGUGACUUGGACCCAGAAAGAGAGGCGGAGGGUGCAAUGUUCAGGUUGGAGAUGCUGCUUGAGGAGGUGAAAGAGAAGAGGGACCAAGGCGAAUGCACUCCAGCGAGCCCUCCUCCCGCGAGCUCCCCCGCCGCCGCCCCGGCCGACUUGGCGCCCGCGUCCUCUCCACGCUCAGACGAGCGGGACCCCCGCCGCCCCUCCGGAAGGCAGAAACGUGCGGAACGCGCAGAGAUGACCGGUUGGAGCUGUGUCUUCUGCCGCCGGGUCCUUGAAUGGAAGCAAAACGUGGAGAGAAGAGGCCACAGGAGGAGCGGCGGCGGAAGGCUUCCUGCCGCCCGCUCAGGGCAGGCGCUGCGCCGGGACUCAAGUCUCAGCCCCGAUACAGAUCUGAGCUGCUGCUCCGCCUCUGGCACUGGACUGCGGGGCCAUAGAUGCGAGACCUGCGGCACUGAGGUUCCGAACUCCCCCAGGGGCCGCCAGAAGGAACCACUCGGAGAAUUUCAUUACAGAUACAACACGCCGGGACAGAAUUGCUCAAAUCACGAAGGAGGAAGUGCCUUUGUCCAGCUCCGUUUUUUAAAUGAAAAUAAAAAUUCUUCACCUUCUUGUUCAAAACCAAACUGGAUCUAUUCUGAGAGCGCAGAUUCAAAACCUUCUCAAGAUGAACAUGAGCCCAUACCAGGAAAAAACAAUCUUACAGCUUUCAUGGCCUACGGUUCAGCCCUGGCUUCAUCCUCGCCCCACUUCCACUCCCGCGGGAGUUCUGGAAGCAAAUCUUCAGGCAACCUGAGCUGUAUCGAAGAAACAAAAUCUGAGGGUUUAAACUCCUCUUUGGAUAACGCCCUCAGGACAGCGAUCGUUUUGAAAGAAACUACUGACAGAAUGAUUAGGACUAUUGCAGAAGAUCUCGCCAAACUGCAGAGAUGGAGGAAUCGACUGAAAUACUAGCCUGACGCAAGGCGACCAAGGAUUUCUUAAAAAAUCCAAAGAAAACUUGAUCUUCCCCCCAAAA